GGCGCACCUUUGUCAGGACUUGUUUUUGAAGCAAAGCGCUGAAGGAAACAGGAGGGAGAGAAGAAGCGAACAUUUUUGAAAGAUCACUCAGCUUUAACACACCUUGACUAGGUCUGGAAUAAAAAAAAAAAAAGUGCCACCACAAACUUCUAGAAGAAAAGCAUCCGAGGAAGAGAGAGAGAGAAGGCGUCUGCUCGAAGCUGCUCCAGCUCCUCCAGACUCGAAGCCAGGUGGCUAUGGGAUGGAUGUGACCAAGAAAAGCAAGAGAGAUGGCGCUGAAGUCAUGGAGAGAAUUGUCACGGAAACAGUAACGACAAGACUCACAUCCUUACCACCAAAAGGGAGCACCAGCAAUGGAUACGCUAAGACCGGUUCUCUGGGUGGAGGAAGUCGGCUAGAGAAGCAAAGCCUGACGCACGGCAGCAGCGGCUACAUCAACUCAAGCGGAAGCAUUCGAGGCAACGCUUCCACCUCCAGUUACCGGAGAGCUCACUCUCCGGCCUCUACCCUGCCCAACUCUCCCGGCUCCACCUUCGAAAGGAAAACUCACAUGACCCGCCAUGGAACUUAUGAAGGGAGCUCUAGUGGCAACUCCUCUCCUGAAUAUCCACGAAAGGAACUCGCCUCUUCUUCAACCAGAGGACGAAGCCAAACACGAGAGAGUGAAAUCCGAGUUCGGCUGCAGAGUGCAUCGCCAUCCACCAGAUGGACAGAGCUGGAUGAGGUGAAACGUUUGCUCAAGGGGAGCCGAUCCGCAAGUGCGAGUCCCACCAGGAACACCUCCAACACACUGCCCAUCCCCAAGAAAGGCACCGUGGAGACCAAAACGGUGACAGCGAGCUCCCACUCAGUGUCAGGAACCUAUGAUUCAACAAUACUGGACGCCAACUUCCCCCCCCAGAUGUGGUCCUCCACCUUGCCUGCAGGGUCCUCCAUGGGGACCUAUCACAACAACAUAACAACCCAGAGUACUUCCCUCCUCAACACCAACGCCUACUCAGCAGGAUCAGUCUUUGGAGUGCCAAAUAACAUGGCGUCCUGCCCUCCCACACUGCAUCCCGGACUCAGUAGCUGCUCCUCAGUGUUUGGCAUGCAGAACAACCUGGCCCCCAGCUCUUCCGGCCUCUCCCAUGGCACAGCCACCAUUUCCACAGCGUACGGUGUAAAGAAAAACGUGCCCCAGCCACCCACUGUCACCAGCACCGGUGUGUCCACCUCUGCCACCUGCACCACCAGUGUCCAGAGUGACGACCUCUUGCAUAAAGACUGCAAGUUCCUGAUUCUGGAGAAAGACAACGUACCAGCUAAGAAGGAGAUGGAGCUCUUGAUCAUGACCAAGGACAGUGGGAAGGUCUUCACUGCCUCCCCCGCCAGCAUCUCUUCAACUUCUUUUUCAGAAGACACUCUGAAAAAAGAGAAGCAGGCUGCAUAUGCUGCCGACACGUGCCUCAAGGCGGAUGUGAAUGGAGACCUAAAUACCGUGUCCACAAAGAGCAAGGCCAUCUCAGCAGAAAACCAUAGCUAUGACCGAGGUGGCGGCAGUGGCAGAGGCAAAGGCGGAGGAGCCGGUGGUGGUGGCGGUGGCGCCAGUGGCGGAGCAUGGGGGGCUGCACCUGCCUGGUGCCCCUGUGGCUCCUGCUGCAGCUGGUGGAAGUGGUUGCUGGGCCUGCUGCUCACCUGGCUGUUGCUGCUGGGCCUGCUCUUCGGCCUCAUUGCUCUGGCGGAGGAGGUAAGGAAGCUGAAGGCCCGUGUGGAGGAGCUGGAAAAUACCAGGGUGCUGUAUCAUGACGUCAAGACGGACAGAAGCAGCAGGGACCGCCUCCAGGCUGAGGCCCCCAGCCUGGGACCUGGAUUAGGCAAGGCUGAGCUGGACAGCUACGGUCAGGAGGCGAUCUGGCUGUUUGUAAGGAACAAGCUGAGGACGGAGCAGGAGAACGGAAAUCUCAGAGGAAGUCCUGGUCCAAAAGGCGAUAUGGGGAGUCAAGGACCUAAAGGAGACCGAGGCCUUCCUGGGACACCAGGUAUCCCUGGGCCCCUGGGCCACCCUGGUCCAAUAGGACCAAAGGGACAAAAAGGCAGCAUUGGCGAUCCUGGCAUGGAAGGACCCAUAGGUCAGAGAGGGCUAGCAGGCCCCAUGGGACCUCGUGGUGAACCUGGGCCUCCUGGGUCUGGAGAGAAAGGAGACAGAGGGAUUGCAGGAGAACAAGGUCCCCGGGGGCUUCCUGGUGUCCCAGGCUCUCCAGGUCUCAGAGGUCCCAGUGGCUCUCCUGGUCCCCAGGGGCCCCCAGGCUCUGUGGGUCCCCAAGGACUCCAAGGUGAAGUGGGACUUCCUGGUGUCAAAGGUGACAAAGGACUCAUGGGACCACCAGGACCCAAAGGUGACCAGGGUGAGAAAGGACCCAGAGGCCUCACAGGGGAGCCUGGCAUUCGAGGUUUGCCUGGAGCUGUGGGUGAACCCGGAGCCAGAGGCGCAGUGGGUCCCGCUGGCCCUGAUGGACAGCAAGGUUCCAGAGGUGAGCAAGGCCUGACAGGGAUGCCUGGAACCCGGGGACCCCCAGGACCCGCUGGAGACCCAGGAAAGCCAGGUCUCACAGGACCCCAAGGACCUCAGGGACUUCCUGGUAGCCCUGGCCGACCAGGGACUAAAGGUGAACCUGGCGCUCCUGGCAGAGUCAUGACUUCAGAGGGAUCAUCGACAAUCACUGUGCCCGGACCUCCCGGACCUCCUGGUGCCAUGGGACCCCCGGGACCUCCAGGGACUCCAGGUCCGGCUGGCCCUGCUGGUCUCCCAGGACAACAAGGCCCACGAGGGGAGCCAGGACUUGCUGGUGAUUCAUUCAUAAGCAGUGGCAGCUCCAUCUCCGAGGUCCUCUCUGCUCAAGGUGUUGACUUACGAGGUCCCCCUGGCCCACCUGGCCCACGAGGGCCACCAGGGCCUUCCAUCCCAGGCCCACCAGGACCCAGAGGCCCUCCAGGGGAAGGCGCGCCAGGCCCACCUGGCCCACCAGGAUCCUUCCUCACUGACUCAGAAACCUUCUUCACGGGACCCCCAGGUCCACCUGGCCCCCCAGGUCCCAAGGGAGACCAAGGUGAUCCUGGUGUCCCAGGCACUCCUGGCAUCUCUGGUGGUCUUUCUCACGGGGCAUCAUCAAGCACUAUGUACACGCAGGGCCCACCUGGCCCUCCAGGGCCGCCUGGGCCUCCGGGUUCUCUCAGCAGCUCCGGACAGGAUAUCCAACGCUACAUCGCAGAGUACAUGCAAAAUGACAACAUCAGGACUUAUCUCUCAGGAGUUCAGGGUCCCCCGGGCCCACCAGGUCCUCCAGGGCCCGUCAUCACCAUUACAGGAGAGACUUUCGACUACUCCCAGCUGGCAAGCCAGGUCGUGAGCUACUUGCGGUCGUCAGGCUAUGGUGUUGGCUUGUCCUCUGCCUCCUCCUCAGAAGAUAUCUUGGCCAUGCUGCGACGGAAUGACGUGUGGCAGUACCUACGUCAGCAUCUGGUGGGUCCUCCGGGUCCUCCAGGGCCACCAGGAGUCAGUGGAGAUGGGUCCCUCCUGUCUUUGGACUAUGCAGAGCUGAGCAGACACAUUCUCAACUAUAUGUCAAGUUCUGGGAUCAGCUUCGGGCAUCCUGGCCCACCGGGGCCCCCUGGCCUGCCAGGAACAUCCUAUGAGGAGCUACUGACCAUGCUCCGAGGGUCUGACUACAGAGACAUCAUUGGACCUCCAGGGCCCCCAGGGCCGCCCGGGAUGCCAGGCAGUGCAUGGUCCAGCAUCAGUGUGGAGGACCUCUCCUCAUACUUGAACACUGCUGGCCUGUCCUCCAUCCCAGGCCCUCCAGGCCCACCAGGGCCCCCAGGUCCUCGAGGGCCCCCGGGUGUCUCAGCAGCUCUGUCCGCCUACGCAGCUGAAAACAGCGACAACUUCCGCAGCGAGCUGAUUAGCUACCUCACAAGUCCUGAUGUCCGCAGCUUCAUCGUUGGCCCACCAGGUCCUCCGGGGCCACAGGGACCACCUGGAGAUGGUCACUUAAGGGAGAACUACAACUGGGGUAGCAGCUCCUCAGCCAGAAGGGGAACUUCCUACAGCUCUUCCAUGGGCAUAGGGGGAACCAAUGGCGGCUCCAUGGGCGAAGGUGGAACCUAUGGGGCAGGAGAUGGGGGUCCCUACGGCACUGACAUCAGCCCAGGCGGAGGCUAUGGGGCAGCUGCAGGUGGUGGCAUGUACGGUACCAAUGGUGAAUCGCUCCGGGCUGGCUUCACUGGAGACCUAGAUUACAACAAGCUGGCACUGCGGGUGUCGGAGAGCAUGCAGCGUCAGGGUCUGCUACAAGGGAUGGCCUACACUGUCCAAGGCCCACCAGGGCCCCAAGGCCCACCUGGCAUCAGUAGGGUCUUCUCUGCCUACAGCAACGUGACACAAGACCUCAUGGACUUCUUCCGAACAUACGGCACUAUCCCAGGACCACCUGGGCAGAAGGGAGAUGUGGGAACCCCAGGACCCAAAGGUGACAGGGGCCCUGCUGGACCACGAGGUCCUCCUGGGCCACCCGGCCCCCGAGGGAACAAAGGAGAGAAAGGAGACAAAGGUGACCAGAUCUACACUGGGAGGAGGAAGAGAAGUAUCGCUGUCAAGCCAUAAGCUGCACUUGGCAGAGCUACCAAGUUCCUGGACCAGUUCUUGGGCGCCUAUGUCCAUGGGUCCCCAUCCUGCUGAGACCACGUCAGCCAGCAACACUUGUUUUAGUCUGAAUGAAAUAUAUACAUACAGAAAAUUCAAAGACACGCAAUCUGAAAGAGCUGCGUUGGUUGGGUGGGCCUUUGGAAUAGCUGCAAUGUUUAAUAUGAGACUUAACUUCUCUGCUACGUAGAUCUGAGCUCCCUGGCUUCUUUAGCUCAGGCCUCUGCCAGGCCUCAGAAGCCAGUUACAUAACUGUUGGCUGGGGGAUCUUGGAGCUUUGCCUAAAGAAUGAGCCCAGAAAAUGGAACAUGGGAAUGGGGGCCUUUGUAGGCGACAUGUGAUGGGUUAUGUUACAAAGGCUGCUGUCAGCUCCUUCCUCCUUUGCUCACUCUGCAUUGUCCAGUCACAGAAGUGACUCUUGCAACUGAAGGAGCUCAGAAGUUCACUUCCUCAAAGGAGGUGACAUUUCAGACAGUUACCACGGUACAAAUGCCAAUCACCUUCCCACUGGCUUACAAAGCUUGACUGGUCGGAGCUAUGGUCUGUGUCCACAGGUAUGUGCCAGAAGUAACGAUUAGGACACCACACUAGACCACAGCACUCAGGACAAGAGGGGCAGUGGGCAAGGGAGGGAGAAAAGGGGGGAUAUAGAAUUCCCGAUGCUGGGGAAACAUGGCUUCCACGCUCCCAUUCUACACGUAGGAAAUGGCAUAAAAGACUGGGUACAGUUGGUCUGUAAGCACUUUUCACUAAAAACAUUUGUAUGUAAUCUGUAAGAUGAAAAAUCAUUUCAUUUCAAGUGUAAAAUUUUCAAUUAAAGUUUUUUUUCUUUUUUAAUGUAUGUUUAA